AUGUCAGCAUCCAUAUUAUGCGCUAGAAAACCCGCUCUUUUCACUACCUGGAAUUAUGUUUCCAGAGGAGGGCGCUCACCUAUCCGCACCGUGGGGUAUCGGACCAUGGCUACGGCUACCGGAAAACCAAAGGAAUUUCUAUGCAUCCUUCCUGAUAUGCCCAAUGCUCUUGACAUUAGGAAGAAAGUCAGGCCGAUCCAUUACGAGGGAAUCAAGCCUCUAGUUGAAACGGGAAGAUUGGUUGUUGGUGAACAUCCCGCAGAAGGUGAAGAUGCGCUGUUCAAAGGUAGCAUGAUUGUCUACACAGGGGAAAGUGUUGAGGAUGUCCGUGAGGCAAUAAACGGCGACAUUUACGCUAAAAGUGGAGUCUGGGAUCUGGAGAAAGUCCAGAUCAUUCCUUAUGUUUCAGCAGUGCGCAAGCCUAUGCCUUGA